AAAUACUUGGGAAAGCUGAUUUCGUUUUUAGACCCAGUUCUUCCCAGAGCAUCCCGUACUGACUUUGCGAGGUGUUGGCACGCUCAGACUGACGGUUGGGCGGCAUCGACAUUCCACAGUAACUGCGAUGGGAGGGGAACCACAGUGACAAUCAUCAAAGUCAACAGCUAUAUCUUUGGUGGAUAUACGGACGUGUCCUGGGGGGGAGCUGGUUCUUGUGCAGGUUAUUCUUCCGCGAGUAAAGCGUUCCUCUUCUCUCUCAAUAACGUCAAAGGAUACAAUCCUGUCAAGCUGACACAAUACCGAUACCAGCAAUACGCCAUGUACAGAUGUUCCUCCUACGGACCCACUUUUGGUGGGGGACAUGACAUCUACGUAUCAAAUUACGCAGGAAACAAUCAACAAUCUUAUACUGAAUGCGGCUACACAUACUCCAGCCCCCCGGGCUAUUCGACGAGUGAUCAAUGUGGAUUUUUCACAGGAAGUCGUCAUUUUACUCCAUCUGACAUUGAAGUUUUCUUCGAAAUAG